CUCUACGGCCCUCUAAGUCAUCCCCCAAUCUAACAUAGGCUACUCUUACAGAGCAGAAGGAAGAGGAAGUCCCGGACGUCGACGACACGGAUGGCAUCGACCCCGACGGCGAGUUCGAGGCGUGGCGCCUGCGUGAGCUCGCGCGCAUCAAGCGUGACAAGGAAGAGCAACUCCGCCGCGACGAAGAACGCGAAGAAAUCGAACGCCGCCGGGCCCUUCCAGAGGAGCAGCGCCUGCGCGAAGACCUCGAGCACGCGCAAAAGCUCCGCGAGUCCAAGCCCAAAGGCUCGCAGAAGUUCCUCCAGAAAUACUGGCACAAGGGCGCCUUCCACCAGGACGAGGAGAUCCUCCGCAAGCACGACUAUACCGAAGCGACCGAGUCGACCGUCGACGUCUCGAUGCUUCCGAAGGUCAUGCAGGUCAAGAACUUCGGUAAGCGGAGCCGCACGAAGUACACGCACCUGCUCGACCAGGAUACGACGGCUGGGAAUGGCGGAUUCGGCGCCGCGGGCUCUGUCAAGCAAGGUGGCACCUCGACCGCCGGUGGCGGAUGCUUUAUCUGCGGUGGGCCGCACUUGAAGAAGGGUAUGUUGCUUACCUUGUCGCCGUAGCUUCUAAUUGACAUA